AUGCGGAGAAUAAGUCUUCUCCUACUUAAUUUAGUUCCCCUUUCCUUUUUAUCACCUGCUUUUUCUCUCCCACUCUCUUGUUUUCUCUCUUUCCACCUCUAUUUCUCUCUCUUCCCUCUCCCAACAAUUAACUUUAUUUCUCUUUUUCUUUACUACAUUCAAUAUUAUCAUCAACCAAUAUUUAAUCUUUCUUUCUUUCUUUCUUUCUUUCUUUCUUUCUUUAUAUUUACCUAUUCUUUUACACCCACUUCAUGUUGUCUUUUUCCCUUUUUCACCUCUUGUCACAAUCUCCCUUUUCCACUCUUUCUUCUUUUCCUUCCUUCCUUCAUUCCCCCCUCCUUUCUGCCAUUCCUUCAUUUCCUUCUUUCCCCCUCUCUUUCCUUCCUCCUUUCCUCUAAUUUUUCAUGUCCAACUCUUAUCUAUUUCACAGACACAUCCGUGUAUGUAUAUAUAUGCAUGAAAAUCUAUCUAUCUAUGUAUCUAUCUAUCUCAGUCUAUUCUUAUCUAUCUCACUCUAUUCAUAUCUGUCUAUCUACCUAUUUAUCUAGCUAUCCAUUUAUCUAUUUGUCUCAGUCUAUUAAUAUCUAUCUAUCUAUCUAUCUAUCUAUCUAUCUAUCUCACUCUAUUUAUAUCUAUCUAUCCAUCUAUCUAUUUGUCACAAUCUAUUAA